AUGUCUAAUUCUAUUUUCUCUACCCAAGGAAAAGUUGUCCUUGCCACCGGGGCCACUAGUGGUAUCGGUCUUGGAAUGUGCAAAGGUCUUGCCGAAUUUGGAUGCCAACAAUUGAUCUUGAUCCACCGUCCAUCAACUUCCCCAGCCGAAGCUACUGCUGAACUCAAGAAAAUCUCUCCAUUGGGUGACAAAUUGGUGGUGUCUUACAUUCAAGCGGAUGUUGCAGAAGUCAAUGUCGAAGACAUCGAAGAAAAAAUCGUCAAACCGGCUUUGGAAUUGUCGGUCACCGGGAAAAUCGACGUUUUGAUCAAUAACGCUGGGGUGAAUUUGCGUUACACUGCCGAAGAUUUCCCAGAAGACCAAUUCCAAAAAGUCUUACAAAUUGAUUUGCUUUUCCCAUCCAAAUUGACCAGAUUGGUAGGCAAACACAUGUUGGAAAACAAUGUCCGUGGGAAAAUCAUCUUCACUUUAUCAUUGAUCUCUUUCCAAGGUGGGAUUCUCAGUGCUCCUUAUGCAAUUUCCAAAUCCGGUCUCAAAGGGUUUGUGCAAGCAUUGAGUAAUGAAUGGAGUAGUAAAGGAAUCAAUGUCAACGGGAUUGCCCCAGGUUACAUCGAGACCAAGUUGGUGAAGUCUUUGAAAGAAGAUCCUGUUAGAGGCAGACAAAUCACAGAAAGAAUCCCAAUUGGUAGAUGGGGUACCCCAGAAGAUUUCAGAGGUCCAGCAGCGUUCUUGGCCAGUAGUGCUAGUGAUUACGUCACUGGGGAAACUUUGUUGGUUGAUGGUGGAUGGAUGGCUCGUUAA